UUUCUGCCUAAAAUAGGAACAAAAUUCCAUUAAAAAACACGCAAGUUUCCACUUAUAAAACACAACUCACACACAUCACUAUCAACAUUUUUAAGUAAAAAUCAAUGCCAUGAAACUACUCUACGUCUUCGCGCUAAUAUUGGCCGUGCGUAUAGCAUCGGUAUUUGUGGUCAAGACUUAUUAUGUGCCGGAUGAAUAUUGGCAGAGCCUUGAAGUAGCACACAAACUAACGUUCGGCUAUGGCUACCUUACCUGGGAAUGGGUGCAGGGUAUACGCAGCUAUGUUUAUCCGCUGAUAAUAGCAGCCAUAUACAAAUUGCUCGCGCUGCUGCAGCUAGACAGCGCCCAACUUUUGGUAUUGCUGCCACGCCUACUGCAAGCCACAUUGACUGCCUACUCUGACUAUCGUUUCUACGUCUGGACUGGCAAAAGAAAGUGGGCGCUCUUCUUAAUACUGGUGCCUUGGUUCUGGUUCUACACGGGCUCCCGCACGCUGGCCAACACACUGGAGGCUUCGCUGACUACAAUUGCUCUCAGCUAUUUUCCUUGGUUUGGCGAAGGCAGCGCGUAUUUGUGGCCCGCUGCGAUCUGUUGCUUCCUGCGUCCGACUGCGGCUGUGAUUUGGGUGCCCUUGGUGCUGUAUCAUCUGCGGAAGACGAAAUUGUCUUCGCUAGAUUUGAUCCUGAAGCGCUUUGUGCUUAUUGGGGCACUUGUUGCUGGCAUUGGCGUUGCCAUUGACACCUAUUGGCAUGGCCAGUUGAUUGUGACGCCUUGGGAGUUCCUCAAGUAUAAUAUCCUGCAUAACAUUGGUAGCUUUUAUGGCUCGCAUCCGUGGUAUUGGUACUUCACAGUGGGUCUGCCAACAGUGCUGGGCAUUAAUACUCUACCAUUUAUCUACGGCAUCGUGGAAACCGUACGCAAAGGCAACAGGCAACCAGUGAGCAAGCAACUCUUGAUAAGUAUUCUGAUUACCUUGACGGUGCUCAGCACUGUGGAGCACAAGGAGUUCCGCUUUGUAUCUUCGCUGUUGCCUUUGUGCCUGUUCGUCUCGGCGGAAGCUUUGUCUCGCUGGAGCUAUCACGCAUCGAGGCUUCAACUGUGGACAGCUGCUUUAAUUAUUCUGCUGGGCAAUGUGGUGCCUGCUUGGUAUUUGAGCACUAUUCAUCAAAAGGGACCCAUUGAGCUGAUGCCAAAGCUGCAAGAAAUAGCUAAGGAUUAUCGUGACGAACGCGAACAACGCGCUAAUAUACUCUUCCUUAUGCCAUGCCACUCGACGCCCUAUUACAGUCACAUUCAUGAGAAUGUCACCAUGCGCUUCCUUACCUGUGAGCCCAAUUUGGAGCAGCGAGAAAACUUUAAGGACGAGGCCGAUCGUUUCUUUGAUGCUCCCAUGCACUGGCUGCGUUCCCACAUACCAGUUCAUCCAAUCACUGCACAGCCAUCCCAUGUGGUUCUCUUUGACUCACUAGACAAGAAGAUCAGUGAAUACCUUAUUAACUACAAGCUGCUGCACAGCAUUGAGCACGCAGAGGUAAAGAAAUUGGUUGAGUCACCUUUGCUGCAUGAUUUGUCCACAGCAUUGGGAACGCAACUGCCUAAUGUCGCGUCUCUCUUGCAGCACGUGCAGUCGCGUACGGGUAAGAGUAUAUUGGUCUAUCAGCGCCUGAAGCAGGGCGAAGAGAAUGCAUUUAAUCGCCAGGAGUACGAGGAUCAAGCCGAUCCUCCUGAACUGCCAACUGAAACACAAUCGAGUGAAAAUCUGUUCAAUUAAUUUAUUGCAAAUUUUUUUUUAAAUUGUCCUUUUUCUGUAUGGCAAAGACUUGAUGCAACACUUAGCCCUCCGUUUUUAUAUGAAAAAAGUAAGCAACAAAUUGAAAUUAUUAACAUUACGGCCUUAGGAGCAGUUUCUAAAACGUAUUUUUGAACAAAUUUUGUAAUCAGUUUUUUGUAGUUUUGUCGUAGCUGAUAAUAUUUAAAUCGAUGAUCUUGUAUUAGGCAUUCAUGUCUAAAGUGAGGCAAUAUAUUUAAGUGAA